AUGGCGACAACUUACGAUCCCUGCUACCGCAAUCCGUGUCAGAACGGUGGAACAUGUUACCCGAAGAGAACCUCAUACUGGCCGUACCAAUACAUAGAAUACAGCUGUCAAUGUGACUCUUACCACUAUGGACAGAAAUGCCAGUAUUAUGGACGGCAAACCACUGAGAGACCCACGGAAACGACAACACAGAGCUGUCAAAAUGGAGGGUACUAUGAUUAUAACGGUAGAUGCCGCUGUCCAGCAGGCACGUGGGGCUAUUAUUGCCAAUAUGGUAGUGUAACGACGCCAUUAACAUUUGAGGAAACAACGUUAACAGCAAAAACAACAGAUAAGUUUACAGGGAAAAAGAUCCGUUUAGUAGGAGGAGGGAGUGUCAGCAUAGGUCGUGUGGAGGUUUAUCAUAAUGGCCAGUGGGGGACAGUUUGUGACGAUAGUUUUGACAACACGGAUGCCCAAGUUGUAUGCCGUAUGCUGGGAUACAGCCCAUACAAUGCGAGAGCCUACUCGAGCGCCAGGUUUGGUCAAGGCCGUGGUCCGAUAUGGCUGGAUGACCUGCGCUGUAGAGGCUACGAGUCCAGUGUAUUUGAUUGCUCUCACCAAGGUCUGGGUAAACACAACUGUGGACAUAGUGAAGAUGCUGGGGUGUCAUGUUACAAUGACACAGAGCUCUCAGCCACCACGGUGCACUAUGAAGAAACCACGGCGGCAAACGAAAUAACAACUGAAAUGCCAGAAGCAACUACAUACGAUCCUUGUUCCCAAAACCCCUGCCAGUAUGGUGGUACAUGUGUACGUACCAACAGUUACUAUUGGCCAUACACUGGCUACAGAUGUAACUGUCCUUACUACCGUACUGGGCAAAAAUGCGAGUACGGUGCUUAUAGAUACCAGCAUUAUGGGAUUAUCAACAAGUUGAAGAUUAGAAAUAUAUAG